GCAGUGGAAAGCAGACUGAGAAACAUGAUGUACCUUACUAUGAAAAUGAAUAAAAAAUGUCUUUACCCGUUGUCGAAAAAAAAGAAAAACAGAUCUCAACAGGUGCCAAUUCCAUUUCCUCACGCAUCAAUCAUCAGAACCUUCUGACACUAAGACAGAUAGAUUAGACAAAGGGCUAGAGAAACUCCCGAAGCAGCGACGACCUAGUCAAAGCAGAGAGAAAAUUACCACCUCUCCAUCACCUACCUCUCGCCGCCUACUAUCCUUUUCCGAUCGUCGCUUCUCCUGUUACCGCCGAAUUCAAUUCACUAUCAAAACCUCCAUAACUGUAAAUUUAGAUACUUUUCCUAAUUUCUAGGUUUAAUUCUUUAAUUCAUCAAAAGUUCUAUUUUCUCUCUCCUCCGAUUCUUGUUUACUGUGUUUCAACCGCAACUUAGCGACUCAAGGAGUUCAACGAAUCGCUUCUUAUCAAUUAGUAUUGCAGGUUAAGUAAGUGGCUGGUGCGCUGAAAUUGAUGAGCCAUGGAGCAAUUGGUGAACUUCAUUAUUCGACCGCCAAGAGCGGAAUAUAGCCCUGAACAUGACCUUUUGGAUCAAGAGUUCAUGCUAAAAGGAAAGUGGUACCAGAGGAAGGACAUUGAGAUUAAGAACAGCCGUGGGGAUGCUCUUCAAUGCAGCCAUUACAGCCCUAUAGUGAGUCCUGAUGGGAAACUCCUACCCUGUGUAAUAUACUGCCAUGGUAACAGUGGGUGCAGGGCAGAUGCCAGCGAAGCUGCUAUAAUAUUGCUGCCUUUGAACAUCACAGUUUUCACCUUGGACUUCUCGGGUUCCGGACUCUCUGGAGGAGAACAUGUUACUCUAGGAUGGAAUGAGAAGGAUGACCUGAAGGCUGUUGUUGAUUAUCUUCGGUUAGAGGGGAAUGUAUCUAUGAUUGGCUUGUGGGGCCGUUCUAUGGGUGCAGUUACCAGCUUAAUGUAUGGAGCUGAGGAUCCUUCAAUUGCUGGAAUGGUCCUUGACAGCCCCUUCUCAGACUUGGUUGACUUGAUGAUGGAACUUGUGGAUACCUAUAAAGUCCGACUUCCUAAAUUUACAGUGAAAUUUGCCAUCCAAUACAUGCGAAGAGCUAUUAUGAAGAAAGCUAAAUUUGACAUAAUGGACCUGAACACCAUCAAGGUAGCGAAGUCUUCCUUUGUUCCAGUGUUGUUCGGCCAUGCAACUGAUGAUGAUUUUAUACAGCCUCACCAUUCAGAACGUGUAUUUGACGUCUACAUGGGAGACAAGAAUAUAAUCAAAUUUGAUGGCGAUCACAACUCUCCCCGGCCUCAGUUCUACUUCGAUUCAAUAAGUAUAUUUUUCAAUAAUGUUUUGCAACCUCCGGAGGAUGAUGUGCCAGUGAGGUUAUUCGACCCAGUGCAUGAAUAUAUGGACAAGGACACUUGGAAUGCAUUGCAUGGAAUAGGAUACACAGGCAGCAAUUCAUCAGACCCUGCCAGGAGUGGCACUGGAGAUGCUAUCAAGCAGCUCCGCUCUAAACGACCUAUGAGCAGAAUGGAGGUGCCACCAACCAUAGCUGCAGGAGAUGAACAACCUGAAGAAAAGGAAGAGACACUAGGAACCGAGUCAUCUUCCUCAAGCUCUGGAAUGAUUAGCUUUGAAUUAGCCAAUGGUCAGCCCUAUGGUCCUCAUGUUCCAAUUGCCUUCGAUGAUGAUCAAUAUGUGGAAUACCCUCUUGACACCAUGGCAGAAUUUCCCCGUGAUUCACAGGAAGAAGAAAGGAUGGUCAUGGAAGCCAUAGUUGAGUCUUUGAAGGACUUGGAUACGGGGAAUCCACCGGAAGAGCCACCCUCUUGCACGGAUACUAAUGUUGUCGAGUCUAACCAAAGAGGUCAUAAACCGAAUACCCUCACAGAUAAAGAGGGUUGUGGACCAUCUAAGGCAGGUUCUUUCCUUCCAUCAACCAACAGUGAUACUGAUUGUUCUUCGUCUGAACGUCGAUUAGAUAAAUCUUCUCGAGUUUCAUGUGGUGAAACUGAUUUGUCAAAUGAUACACCUGGUCAAGCUGUAGAGUCAUCUGGCACGGAAUCUAGUGAUGGUACAAAAGCCACAUUGACUGUUGUAAAAAAUUCUUCAGGACAUAUUAUGGAUGGAUUCUUCCGUCGGUGGGAUAGAGGUUUCUUCAAAAGCACACGGUAAACAUAAUCUAAUUUUGAUGCAGCUGUGCACUCAUGUUUGCAACGGAAGGCCAGGCUGAUGGAAGAAAACCUAUUAACAAAAGGAGAUCACUAUGGAUUUUAUUUGGGUAAAAGUCUUACUGACCUAAUGGUCAUGCUCGGAAGAUUUGUUCCUGAAAGUUGGAAAGAAAAGGUAAUUGGAUAGGUGUGAAUAUUUGGUUACUGAUUAUGAAGAUACCGGCAAUUCUUUACUGUGCAUAAACUUUCCAGCUUUGUUGUAAAUCCUUAGUGACGUUUCUUAAUUUCUUUCCACUGUUGUAUAUUUUUAUCUUCUCGCUCAUCUGGAUAUCAUUUAUUACAACCUUUAAGUAAAUGCUAAAUGGCUUAUAUA